AUGCUGGCGGAGAGGAGAGAGAUGCUUCACUCUGCUGCCAUGACAACAGGACUUAUCUUUGUCAUCUGGCUCUUGUAUACCAGUGCACGGGGCAAUCCCAUUGUGUCUGUGCCAGAGGCUGGCGAAAAAGAGCGUUUGGAGCGUGUUCUGACCCAGGCCAAAGAAGGUGCACUGAGCCAAAGUGCCAAGCAGCGUGUGGAGGAGCUUAGUAAUCUUGAACUGGAUGUUAUCAAAGGGGGCAACAAAUCCAGUACUAGUAGGACUCGGCCUAACUUGAGCCCCUUGAGACGUGGAUCCAAAGUCCAAGGAAAGUCCCUAGAAGCCUGGGGUGAGCAAGAACCCCUCAAACAAAUCAAAGAAGCUCCCACAGAUGAGGCGAACAUCUCCAUGGAUGCUAUUGACGAAUAUGCGUACCCUGAUUACAGGGGAAAAGGCUGCAUGGAUGAGACAGGGUUUGUGUUUGCCAUUGGGGAGAAAUUUACCCCAGGACCAUCCAACUGUCCCUGCUUGUGUACAGAUGAAGGCCCUUUGUGCGCCCAGCCUGAGUGUCCAAAACUACACCCCCGUUGCCUGCGUGUCGACACAAGCCAGUGCUGCCCACUGUGCAAAGAGAAGAAAAACUACUGUGAAUUUCGAGGAAAGAUCUACUCAUCUCUCGAAGAGUUUAAGGUGUCUCCAUGUGAGAAGUGCCGUUGUGAGCCCAGUGGAGAGGUUCUCUGUUCUGUGUCUGCUUGCCCACAGACAGAGUGUGUUGAUCCGGAAUAUGAGCCUGACCAGUGCUGCCCUGUGUGUAAAAGUGGGCCAAACUGCUAUGCGGACACGGCGGUGAUCCCCGCUGGCCGAGAGGUUAAAAUCAACGAAUGCACCAUCUGCUACUGCACAUAUGAGGAGGGCACCUGGCGUAUCGAGCGACAGGCCACCUGCAGUAAAAACGAGUGCCAGCCAAGCUAAGGUGACGAUGGGGGCGUCGCUCCAAGCGCAGCCUUCACCCAGUCAGCUGUAGUCCGUAUCGGCUCAACACGGCAGCUGCGAGACUCACUCGCAGCCAGGACAUCAGCACUGUGUGGAGUUGCACCAGUCACAACCAUUUGUGACAGCUCAUGACUAAAUGAACUCAGAGUGUCCAAAAGCAUGCAGCGGAUGGGCCAAUUAACCUGGGAACAGGGUUGUGGGCCAGAGUGUAAAAUGCAACAUUCCUCACACUGCAGUGGAGCCUCUGAGUUUGGCAUAGCAUCAUGACGAGUGAAGAGAUUCAUUAGAGUUAAAUACGUAUAUAGUCUUAGAAUCAAGAGGCAUGGAGUUAAAUUCAACUAUAUUAGUACUUCAAAUUUUUAUUGAGAUUUAUAACCCAUAUAUAGGAUAUUUAUUUAUGUAUGUGGUGGUUCGAUGAUUAUGAUUGAAUUCAAAUAUCUGAUUUACAGUAAGAAAUUGAUAUUUUUAUAGCCACUGUAUUUUGAUAUGCUGUUAAGUUUAAUACUGGGUCAGACUUGUAU